GGGGAGGAAGUCGGUAGUGUUGCGCCGGCUGCGCAAGAGCAGCCUGCAAGGCAGAUUUUCUAAUAAUGAACAACCCGUGGUAACUGUCAGUCUGCUCGUGGUGCAUUCGUUGACUCUUAGUUGCGCACAGUGUGUUCCGGCGUGUGUUAAAAUGUGUUGUACGUUUUACUGAAUAUUCCAUUGUACGCGGAUUACUCGAAGAACGACAAAACUCCUGCUGUAACACAGAGAUGUCCAAUGGCUAAGAGAAGACGCGUCUCGUAAAAGCUACACUCAGACUCAGGCUUGAAAUUGAGGUGCGCGGAUUCGAUAAACACGCGAUGGAGAGAAAGUGACGCUGAAAGCGGCAAAAGGGGAAGCGGAACGGCCGCGCGAUACAAGCUCCCGAUACGAGUUCACGACGGAGAUGGAGAAUUUCCUCGGGGCACGUGUCAGCAUCGAAGGCUGAGUAGAGUCAGGAUCUGAAAAGGGGAAAACGAGGAUCCGAGCACGUGGUGAUCCAAGAUGGGCAAGUGUUGCAGCAAGCGGCAAGAGCCUCAACCCCUUGGUUACAAGAAAGCAGAUACAGGACUGAGCUCGAAACACAGUAAUGGAGGCUCCUUGGACCGGUACACAGCUGACCCGAAUCAGAGGGGUGUACAAACGAGGGCAGAUAUCAUACGACCGAGGCCGACACCUUGUAAGCUCCAAAUUCCUCACCAGCCCCGUAAAACAAGCUCGCCUGUCGUUAAGCCUGCAUCGCAUUCGCAGAGGUCGAACAAGAUCGUGGUGGCCCUGUACAAUUACACGGCGCGUGAGAGCACGGACGUCAGCUUCGUAAAGGGCGACCGGAUGGAAGUAUUGGACGACUCGGAGCCCGACUGGUGGAAAGUUUUACACUUGACAACUUUGCAAGAAGGUCUCAUCCCGUGGAACUUCGUGGCCGUCGAGCGUUCGGUCGAGAGCGAGGAUUGGUUUUUCGAGAACGUCUCGCGCAAGGAAGCCGGGAAGCUUCUGCUGGUGGACGAGAAUCCACGGGGGACGUUCUUGGUGAGACCCAGCGAGCACAAUCCACGGGGAUACAGUUUAUCUGUGAAGGACUGGGAGGAGGGAAGGGGCCAUCAUGUAAAACACUACAAAAUUAAGCCGCUCGACAAUGGAGGAUUCUUUAUCGCCACCAACCAGACAUUCCCGACUCUGCCCGCCCUCGUUAUGGCGUACAGCAAGAACGCGUUGGGUCUCUGUCACGUGCUCUCGAAGCCAUGCCCGAAACCGCAGCCGGACAUGUGGGACCUCGGGCCCGAGUUGCGCGACAAGUGGGAGAUCAACAGGAACGAGAUCCAGCUGAUACGGAAGCUGGGCCACGGCAAUUUCGGCGAGGUGUACUACGGCAAGUGGAGGAACAAAAUCGAAGUGGCUGUGAAGACGUUGCGGCCGGGCACCAUGUCGACGGAGGCGUUCCUUCAGGAGGCGGCCAUCAUGAAACAGUUCCGGCACAGACACCUGGUCGCGUUGUACGCGAUCUGCUCCAAGGAGGAGCCGAUUUACAUCGUGCAGGAGUACAUGUGCAACGGCAGCCUGCUGGACUUUCUCAGGACUGGUGACGGCAAGUACAUGCAGUUCGAGGAUCUGAUCUACAUAGCCGCGCAAGUGGCAUCCGGCAUGGAACACCUCGAGAGCAAACAGCUGAUACACAGAGACCUCGCCGCGAGGAACGUGCUGAUAGGCGAGAAGAACAAAGCGAAGAUCUGCGACUUUGGCCUUGCCAGGGCGAUCGAGGACGACGAGUACUGCCCCAAGCAGGGAAGUCGGUUCCCCGUUAGGUGGACAGCCCCCGAGGCCAUCGUCUACGGCAGAUUCAGCAUCAAGAGCGACGUUUGGUCCUACGGUGUGCUGCUGAUGGAGCUUUUCACUUAUGGCCAAGUUCCUUAUCCUGGUAUGCAGGGUCGCGAAGUGAUCGAGCAGAUCAAUAAAGGCUAUCGGAUGCCUAAGCCGUUGAAUCACCCGCUGCCGGACAGCAUUUACCGACUAAUGUUACAAUGCUGGGACGCCAGUCCGGAGAAGCGACCCACGUUCGAGUUCCUUAAUCACUAUUUCGAGUCGUUCAACGUCACUAGCGAAAUACCGUAUCUAGAACCGCCAACUGACUGAUACACAGCUCACAUGCAGAGUCACCUGGUACCGCACGGUCAUUUUCAUCCGGCGCACAUCAAUUGUGCCAUGGAGUUUUAUGGUAUUUACUGCUAGAUCUCCAGAUAGCAAUCCAUCUGGAGGCUCCGUUACCGUGUUCUUUUUUUUUUUUUUGUUUUUUUUAUAAAAGACAAUUUUUAUUGUCUGCGCGAGUAAAUGAAUUCUAAAAGAAAAAAGAAAAAAAAAAGAAGAGAAAGAAGAGAAACGAAAAGAGAGAGAAAGAAUUGACGAAAGUACACAGAAUCGUACAGGAGAACACAUUUUGUCACAAGCUGUCUCUCUCUCUUGACGGCGAAGAAGAAUUUUGUAAACGUUACCAAAUUUCUCGAAGCAAUCGUUGUUAAAAAACGCUGCCAAAAGAGAAGGGGGAAAAAUUCCGUGAUAAUCGUGGAUGAUUUAACAAGUGUUCUUUUUUUAUUAUCUAUGAAAAUUGAACGUCACCGAGGAAAAGCAUUUCACGAACAAUGAUUUUGUGUGCCAUGGAACUUUAAUACGAGAAACAAGAAAUGAAACUGGGUCUUGUGUUCGUACUGUAUAUCGCCAAGACUUUGUGACCAAUCGUGGAUAACUGCCGACUACUAACGAGUCAAAACGUUGCGACUGAAAAAUAUAAGAAUAUUAGAAUUUCUCUACCCACUACGUACCCAAUAUAUAUAUAUAUAUAUAUAUAUAAAUAAAUAUAUAUAAAUAUAUAGAAUUUAAAAUGGAAUCGUUCAACGUUCGAGCUAUUUAUUAAGCAUUUUCACAAUUUGGAGAGUAUAUUAAAAAUAUUUGACAAAAAUAAAAAAAAAAGUAUCUUAUUAUUGCAGAAGAAAAGAUAUUUAGAGGG